AGCUUAAAUUUCCUUAGCACCAUUCAAAGUUACUGUACCCAAAGAAAGAAAAAAAAAGUGGGAAAACACAAUACUAUACUAGAAUAAUAUACACAUGAUCCAAACAGCAUAAUUGCAAGGUAGCAGCUAGUAAUAUGAGCUAAGAGUUAAAUGGCAGAAACUGCAGUAUUGUUUGCCCUUGGGAAACUGUUCCAAUUCCUAGAAGAAGAAACAAAUCGGCUGAAAGGUAUACACAGAUUUUUCAGACAUCAAAGAUGAACUAGAAAUCAUUCAAUCCUUCCUCAAAGAUGCAGACAAAAGGGCUGCAGAUGAAGCGGACGCCAAUGAUGGAAUAAGAACAUGGGUGAAGCAUAUGAGAGAAGCAUCAUUUCGCAUUGAAGAUGUCAUUGACGAAUACCAUCGGCUAAUGCAUAGGGUCAAUCCUCUUGGAUGCAGAUCUUUAGUCUGCAAGAUUGCAAGCUUGAUCAAAACUUUGAUUCCCCAUCAUCAGAUAGCAUCUGAGAUUCAGGACAUUAAGUUGUCAAUUCGUGGAAUCAAGGAAAGAAGUGAGAGGUAUAACUUUCAAAUUUCAAGCAGCAACAGCAGUAGAGAGACAGAAAAUGGAAGAUGGCGAGAUCCUCGACUGUCUUCCCUAUUCAUUACAGAAACAGAAGUUGUAGGAAUUGAAGGUCCAAAAGAAGAAUUGUCUGGUUGGUUAUUGGAUGGUGCAGCGGAACGUACAGUCAUAUCAGUGGUAGGAAUGGGGGGCCUAGGAAAAACCACUCUUGCCAAGCUAGUUUUUGAAAGCCAAAAGGUAUCAGCACACUUUGAUUGUUGUGCUUGCGUAACAGUUUCUCAAUCAUACACUGUGAGAGGUUUGUUGAUAAACAUGAUGGAGCAAUUUUGUCGGGGAACUGAAGACUCUCUUCCGCAGAUGUUACACAAAAUGGAUGACCGGUCACUGAUUAUAGAAGUGAGGCAAUACCUGCAACAUAAGAGGUAUUUGAUAUUCUUUGAUGAUGUAUGGCAACAAGAUUUCUCUGACCAGGUUGAAUUUGCGAUGCCUAAAAACAAUAAAGGUAGUAGGAUCAUAAUCACCACUAGAAUGAUGCAAGUUGCGGAUUUUUUCAAAAAAUCCUUUCUAGUAUAUGUUCACAACCUGCAACUUUUGCCUCCAAACAAAGCAUGGGAACUUUACUGCAAGAAGGUGUUUGGAUUUGAACUUGGUGGGAAUUGUCCAUCGGAGCUUCAGGAUGUAUCGAAAGAAAUUGUUCGAAAAUGCAAGCAGCUUCCUCUAGAAAUUGUAGCCAUUGGUGGUCUACUUUCAACAAAAUCUAAAACAAUUAUUGAAUGGCAAAAGGUGAGUCAAAAUCUGAGCCUGGAAUUAGGACGUAAUGCCCAUUUAACGAGUCUAACAAAGAUUCUGUCACUUAGUUACGAUGGCCUUCCUUACUACUUGAAACCAUGCAUUUUGUAUUUUGGUUUAUAUCCAGAGGACUAUGUUAUUAAUCAUAGGAGAUUAACUCGACAAUGGAUAGCUGAAGGGUUUGUUCAAUUGCAAGAGAGAAGAACUCCGGAGCAAGUUGCAGAGGAAUACUUGUCUGAAUUGAUUCAAAGAAGUCUGGUUCAGGUCUCAAAUGUUGGCUUUGAAGGAAAAGUUCAAACAUGUCAAGUACAUGAUUUACUGCGGGAAGUGAUCAUUAGAAAAAUGAAGGAUUUAAGUUUCGGUCAUAGUGUGCAACAAGAUAGUGAAUCAGUCGUGGUUGGAAAAACUAGACGCCUAUCUAUAGCCACUAGUCCAAACAAUGUACUAAGGAGCACUAUUAAUCCACAUUUUCGUGCUAUUCAUGUGUUUGAAAAAGGUGGAUCUCCGGAGCAUUUCAUAGGUAUACUUUGUUCACGGUCUCGGAUUCUGAAGGUUCUUGACAUUCAAGGUACAUUGUUGAAUCAUAUCCCUAAAAACUUGGGGAAUCUUUUUCACUUGAGGUACAUUAACCUAAGGAAUACGAAAGUAAAGGUUCUUCCUAAAUCUGUAGUGAGCUGUAUAACUUAGAGACAUUGGAUUUAAGAGAAACACUUGUGCAUGAGAUACCAAGUGAAAUAAACAAGCUGAAAAAUUUACGGCAUCUUCUUGCUUUCCAUCGUAACUUUGAAGAAAAAUAUUCUGCUCUAGGCUCGACAACUGGUGUGCUGAUGGAAAAAGGUAUUAAAAACAUGACUUCCCUACAAAAUUUUUAUUAUGUGCAGGUAGAUCAUGGGGGAGUGGAUCUCAUUGAAGAGAUGAAGAUGCUUAAGCAGUUAAGGAAGUUGGGUUUAAAGCAUGUAAGAAGAGAACACGGGAAUGCCAUAAGUGUGGCAGUAGUAGAGAUGCAAUACCUUGAAUCACUUAAUAUCACUGCAAUAGCCGAGGAUGAAAUUAUUGACUUAAACUUUGUGUCAACCCCGCCAAAACUUCGUCGGCUUCAUUUGAAAGCUAGACUAGAGAAGUUGCCUGAUUGGAUUUCAAAGUUUGAAUGUCUUGUUCAGAUAAUGAUGGCGUUAUCCAAGCUGACAGAUGAUCCUAUGCCAUCACUGAAAAACUUACCAAAUCUUCUGAAGCUCAAUUUGUUGGAGAAUGCCUAUGAUGGUGAAUUUUUGCAUUUUCAAAAUGGAGGAUUUAAGAAAUUGAAAGAACUAUUUCUCAGUCAUAUGAAUCGAGUAAAUUCUAUCCUUAUAGAGAAAGGAGCUUUGCUCUCUCUUGAACGUCUAAGAAUGGAAAAGAUUCCCUGCCUGAAGAAGGUACCCUCUGGCAUCCAAUUCUUGGAUAAACUCAAAGUCUUCGACUUAGUUGAUAUGCCAGAUGAAUUUGUUACGAGCAUUGAUCCAGACAAAGGACACGACAAUUGGAUUAUCAAGAAUGUUCCUCUUGUAUUAAAUCGUCACUGGAUUGGUCCAAAAUACUUUGAUUAUCAGAUUCACACUAUUAACUCAUCCUACAAGGAUUCCUGAAUCCUAAGCAAUUGAGAAUGCUCUGGUGUCUACCUAGCUUCAAAGAAGAUGGUACCUUUCCUCCAUGUUACAGCUCAAAGAUAACGUAUUUUGUUCUUCAUUCCACUAUGGUCCUUCAAUCCAAAAGAUUUUCUUCUCAUCCUGCAAUUGUCAAGGAAAUGUGGAUUCAGUUCACCUAAGUAACUUUAGCUUUUAUUUCUUACUUUUCUUAUCUUGUAAUCAAGAACUAUACAUGGACUCCAUUCAGAUAUCAAUUUGACAUUUCUUUCA